CAGAGGAAUGGAUAAAUAGUGCCAUAGUCACACAAAGGAAUAACAUGCAACAUUGAAAAUGAACAAAUUGCUACUGCAGAAACCACGGAGAAAUCUCACAACGUUUAGUGACAGAGCCACACACAGAAGAAUACAUACUGUAUGAUUCCAAAAGUUCAAACACAGACACAUCCAAAUUUCCCAGGAGAGUGGGAAAAUCACGUUUGUGUAAACUCCAUAUAAAGAAGGAAGAAAAGAGACACUUUGAAGACCCAGCCGACUGGGGACUGGAGAUUUUGGACACCAUCGUCCCUUCCCUGCAGGACCUAGGCAGGCACAUGAUGCACACGCUGCCCUCGCUGAGCAAGGAGGAAGUCUCUACCAUUUGGGGGAAUGUGUCAGAAUUUGUGGAACGGCAGCUAUCCCUACACAAGGGAGUUCAGAUUCCAGGACUUGGAACUUUCACUUUCACAAGACAAAAACUGGAGGUGGGAAACAACAAGUUUAUUCUAAUUCAGAGGCCCAUAUUUAUCAUGGUGGAGAAGUUAGUACAGACCCAUGGACUCAAACAAAACAAAGUAUAUACUCCUGGUGAUAUCCCAGUUGUUCCACUUAAUUUUGUCAUGAUAUCCCUAGAGGGUCCAUUUAACAGAGAUACGGUGGAAAGAUGUGUGAAGGAGACGUCGCUUUUUUUAUCACGAUCCAUUUCCACCAAACAAAACGUGGAGUUUACAUUCAAAGGAAUUGGGGUCCUUGUGAUCAGAGGUGGCAAUGUGAAGAUGAGAUUUUAUAAGAACUUCCUUUUUACAAUGGAUGGAAGUGGGGCUUUGGCGAAAGCCCUAGCAAAU